AUGGACGCUUCUAAAGAACUAAACCACACUAAUGAAUCAACACAUUUUGUGCACCAGCUGAAUAUGAUAUUCAUAAUGUCAUUGGUGUCCUCAUUUCUUCGCGUUGACUUUUCAGUUAUUAGAGUGCAAAAACGCAAUAGGAUGGCGGAGCCACAAAACUCUCGGUUUGAUUCCGAUGACGAAGAAGGUCGGUGCACACCCUCACCCGAAGCCAAGAAAAGGAAACUUUCUGUUCCACCAUGCAUUCAAUCCGAUGUUAUGAAGGGAAGCGAGACUGAUUAUGGCGAUUUCGUUCUUGAUCGAACGGAAUCGGUUAGUUUAGAUGCUUGUGAAAUCGCAGUUUUAGAGAAUUCAACAACAAGUGAAAACAGUUCACAAUGGAAAGAUAAAAUACUAUCGAACUUACUUACGAGUCAGGAGGAAGAGAACGGCCAUAGUGACAGCAAAAAAUCCCCGAAAAAGAACAACGGGUGUUUCAAUUGUGAUGGUAACCAUCACUUGAAUGAGUGCCCAGAGCCAAAAGAUUUCAAAAAAAUAAGGCAGCGGCAGACUGAAAUGCGCAACAGGAACAACAAUACACCACGGUAUCACAGUGAUGGAAGACCCUCUGAAAAGAAAUUUCGUGCUGGUCGCAUUAGUGAUGAACUCAGAAAUGCGCUAGGAAUAGGUCGAAAUGAUAUACCGGAGUAUAUAUAUCGGAUGCGGAAGAUGGGCUUCAUAGAUGGAUAUCCCCCAGGUUAUUUAAAAAAGGCUAUCGAGCGUGACACUUCCGACGAAGUGUUGAAGUUCCACAUGGUUGACGAAGCAGCAACAACCGAAGCUGAGGAACCAACAGACUCACCACCACCGAAAAUUAAUUCGGACAAAAUGAUCUACUACUGUGGUUUCAACCAGACAUAUCGAGAUUUGCGAGAUAUGGAAAACUUUCGCGUGCCUCCUUUUCUCGAAUUUGUCGCAUUUCAUCAAGAAACACUAAACAAAGUGCAUGCCAAGAAAAUGGAAGAAAGGCGAAAAAUACGUGAGAGAAUGGUUAGAUUGGCAAAGAAACGACAGAAUGAAGUUUUGGAAGAAGGCGAAAUUAUCAUCCUUGAUCCACCACCACCUCCUCCCAUAGUGAAUGGGGAUGGGGACGAUUGCAUUAUUAUCGAUUGCGAGCAGAGAAAGACCCCUUCGCCUACUAUGGAUGCGGUUGACACGCCGAAGGGCUCUUCAAUGAGAGUCAUUGUGGGGACGCCGGUGUUGAUGCGACGUCGAGGUGAUGAAGGUGACAUUGUACAGGAAUCAAAACCGUCCUUGGAGAAUUUCAGUAAAGGAAUAGUGCCUUUUGAGGCACAUGAGGAAGACACGCCUCAUAAAGGAUUCUUAAAAAAGAUCAUGGGAAAAUUGAAGAAAUUCGCGAGCACUUCUCAUUAA